AUGAAGAACAUUGGAUCCUACAAGUUCAAAGGAGGAUCCGAUCCGAUUGAGGCAGACAAGUGGAUGACCAUGAUGAAUAAGAAUUUUGAAGCCAUGGAGUGCCCGGAUGAGUACAAGAAGAAGAUCGAUGUGUACUACUUGGAAGAAGCGAAGCAUCGGUUAGAGCGCCAGUUCAUGAACCUUGUUCAAGGAGAUAUGCCUUUAAGGAGUUAUGAGUCGGAGUUCACAAGGUUGAGGCGACAUGUUUUUGAUGGCCGUGAAGAUGAAGCAACUAUGAUCUGUAACUUUAUGUACGGAUUGAAACCGGAGCUUGGAAGUCGUUUAGCUGGAAGCAACUUUAGCAGCUUAUCGGAUCUGGUGGAAAAGGCUGUUAAUGUUGAGACUGUAUUGGAGGCUGAAGGGAAAACCAUACCGCAUUCUGGUGGACAUACCAAGUUUAGCCAAGGAGAAAUACCGAAUUUCAACAAGGGUCCAAGGUCUAAGAAAGGCAAAGGGCAAAGAUUCGGAGGCCAAACCAAUUAUCGCAGUAACACUGGAGUGUGUUACAUAUGUGAUCAACCGGGACACAUUUCUAAGGUUUGUCCCAACAGACAACGGAGUAACCAGCAAGGUUCUCCUUCGCUGAGGAUGGAAGAUGUUACUUGUUUCUUCUGUGGAAGGAAUGGUCAUUAUGCAUCGUCAUGUCCAAACAAGCCAAUCCCUGCAACCCCUCUCGCGAUCCGAGCUCCUCCUAACCGUCCAGCCAUUGAGCCAGCACCAAAGAAGCAAAACCUAGGAGGUAGAGUUUAUGCCUUAGGUGUAGAAAACCCAGACAAUGUAGGACCGUCAAGCGGUCCCAUCACAGGAACCAUACAUGUUUCUGGUAAACCCACACAUGUAUUGUUCGACUCGGGGGCAACACAUAGUUUUGCGACCCCUAUAGUAGCUGCCCAGUUUUGGGAUUGUUUUGUGGUUGACAGGGUAAAUGUGGCCGUCUUGACCCCCCGCAUACCAAACCCUUCAAGCAAAUCAGUGUAUCAAGAAUGUUACAUUGGUCAUUCAAGGCAAAGAGUUUGUGGCAGAUCUGUUAGUUGUGCCGUUGAAAGGGUACGAAGUAAUCCUUGGAAUGGACUGGUUAUCGAGCUAUGGAGUUCAAAUCGACUGUGGAAAGGGAAGGCUGUUGUUGGCAGAGGUAAACGACCAGAGAUGGUAUACUAUGGAAUCAGUCCUAGUAUGACCGUGUCGCUGGUAGCAGCAAUAAGGGUACAAGAUUUGUUUCAAGAUGAGGAAGUGUAUUUGGUAACUUUAUCGGUUAGUGGAGGAGCCACUAGUGAUGAAGUUAAGGUCGAAGAAAUUGAAGUGGUCCAGGAGUUUGAGGAUGUAUUUGCGCCACUAAAGGAAUUACCUCCACCUCGGAGUAAUCCUUUUACCAUUAUUUUGGAGCCUGAAGGAAAACCUAUAGCUAGGGCACCAUAUCGGAUGGCACAUGCGGAGUUGGCUGAACUAAAGAAGCAAUUGGAAGAUCUAUUGGAAAAAGGAUUCAUCCGGUCGAGCUCUUCACCUUGGGGAGCUCCUGUGUUAUUUGUGAAGAAGAAGGAGGGAAGCAUGAGGUUGUGGUAUCACCAAAUUCCUAUUGCCAAGUCAGAUAUUAUGAAGACGGCGUUUCGGACGAAAUAUGGGCAGUAUGAGUUUGUAGUUAUGCCCUUUGGUCUCACAAACGCACCUGCGACUUUCAUGCGCUUGAUGAAUGAAGUGUUUCACGACUACUUUGAUAAGUUUGUGAUCAUUUUCAUUGACGACAUCCUGGUGUAUUCGAGAAGUAAGGAGGAGCACAACGAGCAUUUAAGACUGGUUAUGAAGAGGUUACGGAAUCAGAAGCUAUUUAUCAAGUUCAGCAAGUGCUCGUUUUGGAAGAGAGAGAUAGGAUUUCUGGGUCACAUAGUAUCAGGAGAGGGCGUGGCUGCUGAUCCAGAAAAGUUUGUUAAGGACAACUCCUCCAUUGCAAAGCCUUUAACUAAACUUACCAGUAAAGGAGUUCCUUUUUUAUGGGUGGAAGAAACCGAGAAGGCAUUCAAGAAGUUGAAGGAAGCUCUCACGACCGCACUUGUGUUAGCUUUGCCCGAGCAAGGUAAACCUUACACGGUUUACACGGAUGCUUCACGGGUUGGGUUAGGUUGUGUUCUUAUGCAAGAUGGGCGAGUCAUCGCGUAUGCCUCACGAAAACUACAAAAGCAUGAGGACAACUACAGUACACAUGACUUGGAGUUAACGGCCGUGGUGUUCGCUUUGUGA